AUGGCGCUCGCGUCGCUAGCGUGCGCGUCUCCUUCCAUCGCCGCGUCCUCCCUUGCCUUUGCCGCAGCGCGCGCAACCUCCUUCCGCCGCCAUUGCGGCGACGCCGCGCGCGCCGCUCUCGCGUUGCGCCUGCCACUCAUGCGGCCGCCGUUCCCCGCGCUUCUCGCUGAUCCCUCGGGGCUAUGCGCGCGCAACCACCCCCCGUUACGCGCACAACCCCAACCGCAAGCGCAGUCGCAGUCGCAGCCGCGACCGCACGUCCCAAUGGCGGCUCGCGGCGGCGGGAAGGGUUACGGGGUUAGCAGCGGAACGUCCCCUUCCAGGCGCAGUAGCGCGGGGGGACGUGGCGGUAGAGCGGGAGGAGGAGGGGGAGGCGGAGGCGGAAGCGGAAGGGGGGGCGGAGGGGGGUUGGCGGAUGCGCGCAGCAGCGACCCCGCGGAGACUUUUGGGUUGCCGGAACGAUCGGUUGCGCUGAACGAGCUCAUGCGCGUGCGUACCUCCCCCCUCUCCUCCAACCCCCUCACCCCCUCCCUCCCCCCUUUUUUUCCCCGGAUGAGCACUGAACGAGCUCGUGUGUGUGUGCGCCUCCUCGCCUUUCCCGUCCUCCCCCGUUCUUCAACCCGCUCCACUCUCUUCCCAAACCAUCAUCCUCCCCUCUUGGAAAUUCCCCCCUUUUUCGUGCUGCUAGAGGAGGAGAUGCGGCCGCCGCACGAGCGCAUGCAGCACGCGCGCGAGCAGCGCGACCUGGCGGAGGCGGCGCUGGAGACGCGCCAGCGCUGGGACCGGCGGCGGGAGGCGCGCGGGCGGCGCGCGGAGAAGCAGGGGCGCGCGGAAGCCGCCAUGGACGCGAUGGACGCGGAGGAGGCGGCGAUUGCGGCGGCCAUGGCGAAGGUCAAACCGGGCGACCCGAGCCAGUUUAAACUGUUACGUCACGUGUCGUCUCGUGCCCCACCCUUCUCCGCCCCUCCACCCUCCCCCGCUUCCCCCCUUCCCUCCCCCUUUCCCCCCCUUCCCCGUCGCCCGCGCCAAGCAACCCACUCCCACCCCCUCGUCCCCACCCUUCCCCCUCCCCCCCUCGCGCCCCCGCUUGCCCCCCGCAGCCUCAUCCCAGCGGAGGAGGAGCUGCAGAUGUUCAAGGAGUGGGCGGCGCGCAAGCUGCGGGGCGCGCCCAGGGGCGCGGAGGGCGUGGCGGUGGCGCGCGGGCUGGCGCACAUGCGGCACAUGCGGCGCACGCUGGAGGGCGCGGCCAGGGAGGAGCAGGGCGCGCGCACGCGCGGAGACGCGGGCGGAAGCGGGGGCAGCGGGGGGAUUGGGGAGAUUGGGGGGAGUGGAGAGAGUAGGGAGGUUAAGGGACGCGUGGGGGCAGGGGGACGAGGGGACGGAGGGGAGAGAGGGGGAGGGGUGAGGGGGAGGAAGGGGAGUGAAGGUGGGAGGGUGGAGCAGGGGUGGGAGAGGGAUCAGCGCGAGUGGGGGACGAUGUGGGCCAAGGGGGGUGGGGGAAGGGUCGCGGGGGAGGGGGGGAGGUGCGGAUUGGGGGAUGGGGUGGCGGAAGUGGUUGCGGGGUUGGAAGAGAGGAGGUUGAAGAAGGGGGGAGGGGAGGGGGAUGGGAGGAGAGGAGUCCGGGGAGAGGGGGAAUGGGGGGCAGAAAGAGGGGAGAAGAGGAGAACAUGGGGGGGAGAGAGGGGAGGGGUGGAUACGAGGAGAGGGGAGAGCGGGGCGCAUGUGAGGGGAAGGAGUUGGAGCAGUGGGGGGGAACGGAGGGGCGGAAGCAAUGAGGGGGGCAGGAGCAUGAGCACGGGGGGAGAUGUAAGUAGCGUGCCGUGGUUGCGAGAGGGAGGGAGGUCGGGUGGAGGGGUGGGGGACUUUACGGAUGGCGCAAGGGCAGCAGGGGCAGGAAAGACAGCAAGGGCAGGAUGGGAAGGAAGGGAGGGAAGGGAAGGUGGUGGGGUUUGGGCUGGUGGUGAGGUGGUGGAGAGAAGGGGACGUGGGCGCAUGGAUAAGGGGGCGAGAGGCGAGGGGGGUGUGGGAGAGAUGGACGGGGGGAGGAGGGCACAGCGGGGCGAGAUGAGAGGGAGAGAGGAGAUAGUGGAGAGAGGGGAGAGAAAGGAGAUGGUGAGAGGGGGGCAGGGUAAGGGCAGGAGAGGGGAGGAGGAGGAGUGGGUGUGGGGCACAGGGAAGGGGAGUGGGGAGGGGCAGGUGCUGCCGUGGGAAGGGGGUAGGGAGAACCUGCAGCAGAGCAGCAGCAGCAGCAGUCCUGCGAGGGGGAUUGGGAAUGGGAAUGGGAGUGGAAGGGAGAGUGGGAGUGGGAGUGUGGGGGAGGAGGAGAGGGUGGUGGUGGUGGGAGCGCCGAAGGGCGUGAGGGUGACUGUGGGGGCGGGAGGUUUCAGUGCUGCUGACUGGCUGGCACAGGAUCCCAACCUUUCCUCCCUUCCUCCCUUCCUCCCUUCCUCUCUCUCCCUGCCCUUGCCCCCCUCCCGUCUCUCUCACCCACCCAUGCAGGCCAACCAGAAGCAAACUCCUUCCUUCACCGGGCCCAUGGGAUCGCCUCUCUCUCCCCCGUUCUCUCCUCUUCACACUCACCCUGCUGCUGCCGCCCAUCCAUUGCUUAACAGCAACAGCAACAGCAACAGUGCACCCACCACCUCCUCCACGCACCCUGGAAUGUCUCCUGCCCUCCGCGCACUCAUCACUGGGCGUGCGGGUGUGGGUGCUGGUAGUGCUGCUGGGGGUAUGGGGCUGGUUGGAGCUGAUGCCUUUGCUGGGCAGAGGGGUUUUAGCAGCGCUGCUGGUGGGGGGGAAGGCGCACGGCGCGUUGGAAACUGGGGGAAUGGCGUGAGGGGAAGAGCCAUGGGCGGGGUAGAAGGAGGGACUGUCCUGAGCAGGCGAGGAGGGCCGCUGGGGGGAACUGCCGCGUAUGGGAGUGGUAUUGGGUCGGAAAAAGGCUGGGUGCGAAGCAUUGGGGGGAGAGCAGGGAGUGUGACAGCAGGUGCUGGUGGUGGGGCGGAGGGAGUGGGUGGAAUGGGGGAGGAUAUGUGGGAUAGACUGGAGAGUGAAAUGAGUGCAAAGAUUGAGGAGGGGGCAAGGGGAGAUGAGGGAAAGGGCAAGGAAGAGGAGGAGAGUAAGAAACCAGCCACCACAAGCGACCCCCCAUUCACUCUCCCGGACAACCUAGACGGGCCAGCAGGGUCCGUAUUCCUGAUCGACAAGCCCAAGACCUGGACGUCCUUUGACGUGUGUGGGCGCCUGCGCCACCUCCUGGGGAUAAAAAAGGUGGGCCAUGCAGGGACUCUCGACCCCAUGGCUACCGGCCUGCUAGUCGUGUGUGUCGGCCGCGCCACCAAACUCGCAGACACGUACCAGGCUCAGGAGAAGGAAUACUCUGGGGUGAUGAAGCUGGGUGAGGCGACCCCGUCGCUAGAUGCGGAUACGGAGGUGUGUGAGAGGAGCGAGUGGGAGGGGGUGACGGGGGAGAGGUUGAGAGAGGCUGCGGAGGGGUUUCUCGGGGAGUGCCUGCAGGUGCCGCCGGCGUUUUCGGCGCUGAAAGUGGGCGGUGUGAGGGCGUAUACGAUGGCUAGGAAGGGGCAGGAUGUGGAGCUGAAGGCACGGCCGGUGCGGAUCGAGGCGUUUGAUGUGUGGCGGGAGGGGGACGGGGAGGGGCGUGCGGGGGAAGACGGUGGCGUGGAUUGA